UGUGAGAAGUGAAUCUGAGAAGAGAAGGGCGGACACUUAGAGAGUGAAGAGUUUCCCACAGAGCAUGGCCUCUGCCAAAGAAGAUGGUGUGCAUGAAAGAACGGUGGACAUUAAAGAAGAGGACUGUGAGCGGCUCACAACAGAGAAUGUGUGUGUGAAGCUGGAGGAUCACGAAGAAAGAAUUUCAGUUUUUAAAGAGGAGGAGGAGUGCAAGGGGGUGACUGCUGCCAUUAAAGCUGAGGAUUUGAAUGAUUUCUCCAUUGGUCUUGAACUUCAACAGCAUGAAACUGAGGAGAUUUUCAAGCAAGAAGCCUGUGAAGAAUCUCCAUCCAGUUUACAGCCCUGGUCCACUAAUACGGGACAACUGGCUAAGCAGGUGAAUUCUGUAGAGCUGAAAUCAGAGUUAUUGGAGUCUGAAGAGAAAAUCACAGAGGGAAAUGGGAGAGAAGGAGAAGAGUCACCUGCGAGUGCUGGAAUAAAUUUACAGAAGAAUGGCAGCUUCUCUCCACCUUCAUUUGGUCAGCCGUCUCUUCAGUACAAAGAGAAAGGUACGAAGAAAUCAGCAAGAGGAUCAGAGAACCUGACAGCAGCCUUUCUGCAGUGCAGUUCUCUCCCUGCUUCUGGAUUAACACAGACAAAGGCAAAGACAAAGACUGAUCAAGAGCAAGUGGAGAAAAAAGUCCAAAUUUACACUGGUAAAAAUUGUUGCUUGGAAUGUGGCAAACAAUUCACACAGAAAGGUGAUCUUAAUAAGCAUAUGAGGGUUCACACUGGAGAAAAACCAUAUUGUUGUCAUGAAUGUGGUAAGUCGUUCUCAACGAGAAGCGAUCUUGAUAGGCACAGAAGAACCCACACAGGAGAAAAACCACAUUGCUGUUCAGAAUGUGAUAAGUCUUUCUCAUGUAUAAACUAUCUUCAGAAGCACAGAAAAAUCCACACAGGAAAAAAAACGUAUUGUUGUCCAGAAUGUGGUAAGUCGUUCUCAAGUAGACGCAGUCUUCAGAACCACAGAAUAAUCCACACAGGAGAAAAACCUCAUUGUUGUCAUGAAUGUGGUAAGUCGUUCUUAAGGAGAAACAGUCUUCAGAGUCACAGAAGAAUCCACACAGGAGAAAAACCUCAUUGCUGUUCAGAGUGUGGUAAAUCGUUCUCAUGGAGAAGCCAUCUUCAGAGGCACAGAAUAAUCCACACAGGAGAAAAACCGCAUUGCUGUCCAGAAUGUGGUAAAUCGUUCUCAAGUAGAUGCAGUCUUCAGAACCACAGAAUAAUCCACACAGGAGAAAAACCUCAUUGUUGUCCAGAAUGUGGUAAGUCGUUCUUAAGGAGAAACAGUCUUCAGAGGCACAGAAGAAUCCACACAGGAGAAAAACCUCAUUGCUGUCAACAAUGUGGUAGGUUGUUCUCAUGCAAAGGCAAUCUGCAGAAACACAGAAGAAUUCACACAGGUGAAUAACCUAAUUUCUGUUCAGAUUGCGCCAAACAAUUUUCUGACAAACGCAGUUUUCAAAGGCACACAGAAAUUGAUACUGGAGAGAAGCCAUAUUGCUGUUCUCAAUGUGGAAAAAAAUUUAAACAUUAGCUCUUUUCAAGUAAACACACAAACUCCCACUAAAGUGAAAAUGCAGUAUGUGUGUUCUGAAUGUGUCAAAUAUUAUAGAAGCCAGAAAGGUCUUUAUCCACGUGCCAAAAUCCAUACUGAAGAAAAAUCUCAUUGCUGUUCUGAAUGUGAAAAACGAUUCUUAUAUUUAAGCACACUUCUGUGCCACCUCAGAACUCAUACUGGAGAGAAAUCUUAUUGUUGUCCUGAAUGUGAUAAGCAGUUCUCACAACAAAGCACCAUAAAACGUCACAUCUGAUGUCACACCGGAGAGAAACGUCACCUUUGCUUGGAAUGUAACAAACAAUUUUCACACCUUAAUGCUCUGUAUAAGCAUAGGAGAAGUCAUACUGGAAAAAGCCUUUCAGUUGUUCUGAUUAUGCAAUGUGAUUCUCAUAUAACAGUUCUCUUCACAAUAAUAAAAUAAUUUAUUCUCGUAAGGAACAAAGCUGUUCUGACUGCAUAAUAAUGUACUCUAUUUUCAACAAAAAAUAUAACCGUGGUAUGUCUUUCAUUUCCUUGGAACAUUGGAAUACUGCCGUG